CCGGGCUCCGCAGUCCUCGUCGAAGGCGGCUUUGAUGCCGGAGCAAGGUUUGGGGCCGGUGGAACAGCCAGCAUCCCCCCCCCCCCUCCUGGCUGUCCCCCCAACGCCGCCCAGCUGGCCGUCAUGCAGGGAGCCAACGUCUUAGUGACGCAACGGAAGGGAAACUUCUUCCUGGGCGGCUCAGACGGCGGCUACACUAUCUGGUGA